AUGUGGAGUCAAGUGGAGUCAAUUGAUGCAGUAGAGUCUGGAAGUAAUUGGAAGCUGGUUGACAAUAAUAAAAUGAUUUCGUCUUCACAACAAGAAAAGCCACGAUUUUAUGAUGCAAGAGAUAUCAUUGUAAUUCUCGGAGCUGUACCACAAGAAAUUACUGUUCUAACCGAUGCUUUGGAUCAGAGUGAAAAGAAACAAUUAUGGGGUAUUCCUUAUUGGCAAGGCAAACUACAUGGUAAAUCUGUCGUUAUUGCCAUUACUGGUAUUGGUAAAACUUUUACGGGAAUGACGAGCACUUUAUUCAUCAAAGAAUUUCAACCUCGUCUGGUAUUAAUGACUGGUACAGGUGCACGAAUAAAUCAACAAUUACGCGCCGGCGAUGUCAUUGUUGCUACGCACACCUAUGAACAUGAUUAUGGCAGCCUGACCUCAGACAAAGAUAUGGUUUAUCGCCCGAUGAACAGUCCAGAUGAAGGCAAAGAGGUGGCCAACGAAUUUAAACCAAGCGCAACAAUGCUAGCCCUUGCUCAAAAAGCCAUAGACAACUAUCACCCACAAACAAUAAUCGUCGAUGAGAGUACUUCGUAUAAAAAUAAUAUUCGCUUCGGCAUCGUUGCAUCAUCAGACUUAUUCGGUAUACCACAAGCACGAAUUAAUUUACUACGCAAUCAUUUCAAAGUCGACAUUAUGGAAAUGGAAUCAGCGCCAUUGGGUCACGUCUGUCAAACCUUUGGUGUGCCUUAUUUAAUUGUACGCUCAGGCAGCAAUAUUGCACAGGAAGCGCCUAACAAUGAUUACUUGCGUUUAAGUCCAAUUGCUGCACGUGAAGCAGCAAAAUUUUUAUUUCACCUCAUCACAUUUCUUGAUUAA